UUCAGCCAGAUCAGUCGCACUAGCCCAAUCCCAUCGAUUGUUUGUCCGCUUUGAUGGUCUUACUGUAACUUUUGUGUGAGUUUAUAGGCUGUUAUUUUUGCAUGUAGGCCUACAUGAUCUGGGAACUGUUCGCGACGCGUCCGCGGAAAGCCUACCAUGAAAGGACAUAUACAGGAGGACUGACAUUUAGAGACCGAAAUGCAAGACAGGACAAGUAAACCAGAAGACAUUGCAAAAAUCUGUAAAAUUACUACAUUUGCAGGAAUGCAGCUUGUUUUUGCCAUCACUUCGCCUGUAUGGACCAUUAUACUGAGCGGUAGGCUAAUGGAAUCAUGAUUGCUUGUGUUCUGAUGACCACAUGUAUGAUACAAGCGAUUCAAGGAGUGCUGGAUGCACCACAGCUGGAUAUUGCACGUGGUCUUUUGGAGAAGGAUACUCACCGGCAUGGAACAGAGAGGACCAUCGAAGUGCUUUGGACAGAUGCCUCUUCAAUAAUAGGCACGCUAGAAGAAGUCACGUAUGACAUCGAGGUCUUCUACACUGGACAGGAAUAUGCUGUGCACAGUGACUCUGUUGAGAGAAGGCCCAGUCUGACUUUAAAUGGGACUCACAGCUGGAUGUGGACCUCCCCCCUGCCCCUGCAGUGUCUCUCACACUCAGUACGGAUUCGGGCCAGACACCGCGCCGACAUCAGUGACUGGACACAGCCCAAAGAGGUGGAAGGUUCUGGUUCAGAUGGUCACGAUGUUUACCCAAAAGAUGACGUCGUUUUAGCUGGCAGUCGAAAAAAAUUCUGCUGCAUUAUUCCAAAAGGAGCCCAGCUAAAAGAGGUCGAAUACAGACGCAGUCCAGUGCAGAGCUAUACCCGUGUGGAGCAGACCUAUAUAGUUGAAGUGACCCUUGUGCCCUCCAGCCGUUAUGGCGAUGCCGUAUCCUGUGUCAUAGAAGGGGAUCAAUACGACACUCAUGUGUUCGUCGGCUAUUCUCCUGAAGUUCACAACUUUACAUGUGAGACAAGAAAUCUCAAUGUUUUACAAUGUUCCUGGAUUCAGGGUGAUGAUAACCUAGUUGGACCUAGUCGGAAGACCAAUUAUACUCUUAAUGGAAGGUCAUGUGAAAACUCAGUUCAGUGUUCAGUGAAAAUAUCUGCACAUCAGGAGGAUGUGAUGUUGCUACUUACUGCUGAAAAUAAAAUCAAUAGAACGCAUCUCAAUUAUACAACUAAACCCAGAUACAGAGUGUAUUUAGAGAGCCCCCGUGGUCUGAACGUCUUGGAUUUAACCUCAAGAAGUGCUCGUCUUGACUGGGCUUGGCCUGCUGGUGACCUUCAGGCAUUACCAAUGCGAUGUCAAAUACUCUGCAGAGGCGAAGUCGCUUGUGAAGACACUGAGGAGACAGGAGAAGGCUUGCACAAUGUGGAGAUUCGGGACCUCCACCCAUACACUAACUAUUCCGUGAAGGUGCGCUGUGCUUCAGCCGAGCACUUCUGGAAGUGGGGGGAUUGGAGCAAGGCGGUCUCAUUCGUGACCAAAGAGGACAGACCACAGCCCGUGGAUGUGUGGGCGACCGUUGACACCAACAAAAGCGUCUUUGUGAUGUGGAAGGAGCUAAGUGUCAAGGACAGUCAUGGGAAAAUAUUAGAUUAUGAGCUGUCAUGGGAUGGCUCGUCAAAGACCGCAGAGCGGACACAGCAGUGCGUCAUCAUAAGCAGCGGCGAAGAAAAGAGAAGAGUGAGCGUCAUCGCACGGAACUCUGCAGGCUCCUCACCGCCAUCUACCAUCAUCACCCUCCCAUCGCCAUCGCCAUUAGCAGAUGUGAAAGAAGUGCACGCUCUCAGUGGCAGCAAUGGGAGUCUGGAGCUGUCCUGGAGGCCAGAGGCUGCUGCCAGCUGUGGAUACGUACUGGACUGGAUACCUGUAAACAGCCAGGACACAUGUGACCUCAUGUGGAAGAAGAUACCAGCUGGACACAACAGCACAACCAUCAAGUCAGGGUUCAAGGAUGGAGUGCGAUACACACUUUCUCUAUACGCCUGUACAUCAGAUGCCCCAAAGCUGCUGGAGACAUGGGAGGGCUAUGGUCGAGAGGAAGCCCCAAACGAGGCCCCUGGCAGCGUCCUGGCAAAGCAGGAUGGUCUGGAUGUUGUGCUCAGCUGGAACGAGAUCCCGGUGGAGAACCGGAGAGGCUUCAUUCAGGAAUAUCUCAUCAAGUAUUACCCCAGCUCCCACCAAAACAUCGGACCACCUAAGACACGGUUUACUGCUGUGCGUCAGGGGAGAAUGCAGGAGAAAUUUGAAGGUCUUCUGGCUGACACCUAUGAGUUUUCGAUAAGUGCAAAAACAUCUGCAGGCGAAGGUCCAGCAAGCAAAACGAAGAUCACUGUCACCUCACAGACUCACCAGAUGAUUGUGAAGAGUAUUGUCUCCCUGGGCUUUGCCAUCCUACUCGUUAUUAUAUUUGCUUUUCUCCUGUACCGAAAGAGGACAUGGUUAAAAGAAAGAUUUUACCCACCUAUCCCAGCUCCUCGACUUGACUGCUCCACGUCCCAUGGGAUCUACAACUGUGAAUUACUUCAGAUUGCUGCUGAGAAUGUGGAACAUACAAGACCUUGCAAAUUAGAACCAGCUGCUGGAGAUGAGAUGUUUCUCUCAUCUUUCCCCGUCACGGAGGUUGACGACGGUGCAGCUGCAUUUGACAACACGGUGUAUUUACUUGCUAAUGCCCCUGGCAAUGAGCAGGACAGCUGCUGGGGUCAACCUGCAGCGUUGUCAGACAAGGCAACCUACCAAAAUAUUCCUGCGCCAAACUCCUGUGUCCAACCGCCAAACACAAGAUGUACGACGACGGCACAGUGCUACAGCCCCCAGUCUCCCCCAGUACACACUGAAGUCUUACCAUGCUCAGAUUCUUACCAAACACUGCAAGAUGCCUGCCAGGAAAAACAACCGGGGGGGCCGCAAUACAGGUGUGACUGUGAAGACCAUGUGUUUUCAGCUGUGGUGCACAGUCCUAUCUCGGUCAGUUCAUCACAGCCCUUGAUUGGGGACGUGUUUGAUUUCAUGGGCAACACACUCUCUGACCUGGGAGCAUGCUCCGAUUCUUACCAGGCCCUACAUGAACUGGUGCAAGAACAUACAAACAAUGAACAAUAAUAAACAAAUAAAAUGAUGGACUAUAUAAUACUGAAAUAAAUGGUAAGAUUAAUUAGUUGCAUAGUUUUUAUAAUGCUGAGUAUAUUUUCUGUAUUGCUGUCUUUUUUCUAAGUCUAAGUCUGAGUCUAAUUUUUUUCUAAGUUUACUCUGGGUAAAAAUAUCUGCAAAAUAUAAUGUAGGCCUAAUUAAUGUAAUGAUCAUUUGGAGUAUUAUUCUUUUUUUUAUGUUUUAUUUUUAAAGAAGUGAUUUCAUUGAAUUGAGUGCAUUCUACUGAAAAGAUCACAGCAGUCUAUCCAGGACAUGUUUUUUUUCUCUCUGCAAGAAAAUGCAUGGGUAUAGUGUAUUUUGUACAUUUGUUAAUUGUGUACUGUCGCA